AUGGACUCUCCGGACGCACUAGCCGAGGCAGGUCCGACAUGCAGCCUAGCAGUUGAUGCAGGGCGGAGGACGCAGCCGGUCAUCCAGCCCCGAAGUCCUGCAGAAGCAGACCUCUCCCCCCCCUUUGGACUGUUGGGGGUCAUCACGGUCCACCACGGCAACCCCACAAACCUGUCAUUACACAUGCAGGCCCUGCUGGAGAGACGCGGGCAGAAGAAUGCUGCAACACCCAACACAUCUAAGAUGGCAGCAGUUCUCACUGCGAAGUCUCGUGCAAACACACUGCCUCACACAUCAGAGUAA